AUGGCGAAGAAGGCGCCGCAGUCGCACCGCGUCCUCUUCGCCUUCAUCGCCUGCUUCUUUUUCGUCGACGUCCUCAUCCUCGUCCACCUCUGUCGUGCUGGCAGCCCCGAAUACAGGAGGCUCAGCAUCGCCACCAACGUCACACAGCAACAGCCACAGCAUCCGGGCACAGUUGCAUUGCGGCCAUCUGCGUUCUCUCUCAACGCUCGCUUGUGCAACCAAGACGAUGCGCGCCAGUUCAGCGAGCUGCGAGAAGGCGCGUUACAUGGCGCCUCCUGCGAGGAGCUGUGCCUGCGCAUGUGUGGCAGCGGUGUGGACGAACUGUGUAAUCAGAAAGCGCGCGCUGUGACGGUGGAAGCAAGGGAGGUGCCAUUGCCAUCUCUGCAGGCACGCCGGGUGCACCGUCUCAACUGGCACGUGUCGCGUCAACAGCGCGCGCUCACAGGCCGCCUUGACGGCGUCCGGCGUCUUGACCUUCAUUCCGACGCCACAUCAGCACACACAGGCGCAGCAGCGCAUGACUUGAACAUCGACGCCAUUGCCAGCAUCCCUGACGUUCGCAUCUGCCAAGUCCCGCACGUGGUGGACGUCAGCGCGUUGUGCAAUGUCCAGCAUGUGGUGUUGCGAGAAGUGGGCGUGAGAGAUAUUUCGCCGCUGUGUGAUGUUCCACGUGUGGAGGUGUGCGCUUGUCGAAGCGUGGGCACGUGGAACCUCGUCCUCAACAGCACGCACGUGACUCUCGAGUCCUUGCCUGCGCUGUUGGGGUGGCUGCAGCUGACACGUGCCACGCAUGUUCGAGUCCGAGACUGCGACCGCCUCGAGAAACUCUCUUGCACGAGCACGCACAUGGACUCCUUUGAAGUUUGCUCCUGUGCACGGCUCAAGAAAGUGACCCUGCCAUAUUUGCACGAGCCACCAAAGACAAAGACCCACCAGCACCAGCAGUCGCACCACCGACACCAGCCGCCCCCAUCACCGCAGCCCCACCACCACCGACAUGAGAUGAAGCUUGUGCGCGUGUCCAACUGUGCCAACCUGGUGACGUUUGAGGUGCCGCAUAUACAGCACGUGCACAGCUUUGAGCUGUCGGACUGCGCUGCGAUGACGGCGUUUGUAUGCGGCAUGCGGGCAGUGGAACACACACUCUCCUUUUCGUCGUGUCCUUGCUUGAGCACGCUGCAGGUGUCACGCCUCAACAGCGUCGGGGAGUUUCGCCUGAGCAGCUGUGGUGUCACCAGCAUGGUCUGUCCCUGUGCCACUGCCAAGCGCAUGCGCGUACACAGCUGCCCUGCUCUGCAGUCAUUGCAGCUGCCGCACCUCGUCGAUGCAGACGCUCUGCGCGUCGAGAACUGCUCGUCUCUCAGAGAGGUGGCGUGUGCCGUGGUGCACAUCGUCCACUGGCUCACUGUGGGGCACUGCGACAGGCUGACACGCCUGCAUCUGCCCAAGCUUUGCCAGUUCUCCAGCUGCACCGUGGUUGCAUGCGCCAGUCUCGUCCACUUUGUGUGCAAUGCCAUGGACAUGGACGUGUUCCAGGUGAGAAACUGUGCCAAGCUGCAGUCGCUGAGGCUGCCACGGCUUGUGCGCGUCGGUGAGCUGCAGAUGACGCACUGUGACGCCCUUGCCGCCAUCGUCUGUAACCUGCAGACUGCAGAGCGCAGCAUCUGCGUCGAGCACUGCAAGACCGUCAACCGUCUGGCACUUCCCAAGAUGGAGUGUGUCCGACGCAUGAGUGUACAUCACUGCGAUGGCCUCACCGAGGUCCAGUGCCACGCCUGCACGAAGCUUGACCGCCUUCGCGUCGUCGACUGCCGCCAGCUGCACUCGCUCGAGCUGCCCAGGCUGACACGUGCGCAAACCAUGGAACUGGCUGGCUGCCCUUCGCUCGGGGCGUUCUCCUGUGGCGUGACCAGCGUCGAUCACCUCACGGUGCAGAACUGCGAAAACCUCGUCAGCCUCGAACUCAGAGCGCUGGAGCGAGCAAAGCAACUAACACUGGAGCGCUGCCGCCGCCUUCCCGCGUUCGUCUUUCACGGCGACGAGCUGGCCGAGCUGCGCGUGGAAGCGUGCGAUGCACUGUCGUUGUUGCUGAUGCCCUCCGUGCGGCGCAUGCGGCACCUCUCUCUCCUGCACUGUGCCGGGCUGGCGUCGUUCUUGUGUGAUGUGGAGGAGAUCCGGCGUUUGCGGGUGGUACACUGCAACUCGCUCGCGCUGCUCAUUUUCCCCGCGCUCAAGAGUGUGCUGGACAGCCUGGAGGUGUCGUCGUGCGCAGCGCUGCUCUUCUCUCGUGCGACAUCACAAACGCAGGGCGCCUGUCCAUAA